AUGGCAACAGCAAGAGCAUAUACAAAAACUGAAUUCGAUAUUCAUAUAACAGAUCUGAACAACACAAAUCCAAAAGUUACAGAAUAUCUCAAGGGGAUAGGAUUUGAAAAGUGGGCAGUUUCACAUUCUUUGAACAAAAGAUACAAUAUUAUGACAUCUAAUAUAACAAAAUCAUUUAAUGCAGCAGUUAACAGAGCAAGAACAUUACCAGUUAUAAUGAUUAUGGAAUACGCAACGAGCUUGGUUCAAAGAUGGAGCUGCAACUACAUAAAUCUUGCAAAAGGAACUUUCACAGUACUAUCUACUAAAUAUGAAACUCUUCUUAGGGAAAAUUAUUUAGAAUCCCUACAACUCAAGGUUAUCACGUGA